UGUGUAAAAGAAUAAGAAAAUGUUGCUGAUAAAGAACAAAAAUAGCAUUUGGUUUUUCAUAAUGCUCCGUUUCGAUUUCAGUUUCCAGUUGAUUGAUGCCAUAACAGGGUUUGUUGCAUUUUCAUUUUACUAUUGCAGUGGAAUAUGAUGCACCAGUAUCAGAUGAAGGAACAAAAUGCCUUUAUGAAUACAAAGAUCCGUGUGAUCUAUGCCGAAAGGGAUGCUGCUAUUGAAGAACGGGAUAGAGCGCUGUCUGAAAAGAAGACUGCCUUUGAUGAACGAGAUGAGGCAAUCCAACAGCGAGAUACAGCAGUUGCCGAGCGGGAUAAUGCUCUAAGAGAACGAGACAAUGCCAUUGCUGCUCUCCAAUUCCAAGAAACUACCAUGAACAGUGCCUUGAAUUGCGGAAUCCGUGGGACAAAGCGCAUGCACCACCAUUUGGACCAUCCUGCCAACAAUGCUCAGGCUGCUUACAACACAGGAGUGCACGUGACUGAUGCGUUCCCUAUAUCAGCCAUUUCAUCUGAAGCUGCAAAGUCGCGUGAAGCAAAACGAACAAAGGCAAACAAGAGUCUUGAACCUAAGCCAAAGAAAUCAUCACGGAAGGGAAAGAAAGUAGGCGAAGAUUUAAAUAGGCACGUUACCACUGAUGGUUCGAAGGCCGAGUGGGACGCCCAGGAUAUUGGCUUGAUGAGCCAGAUCGAUUUCGAUGAGACUACCAUGCCGGUACCUGUUUGCUCAUGCACCGGAGUACCUAGGCAGUGUUACAAAGGGGGGAACGGGGGCUGGCAGUCAUCUUGUUGCACCACCACUUUGUCAGUAUAUCCGCUACCGCAGUUGCCAAACAAGCGCCAUGCACGGAUGGGUGGCCGGAAGAUGAGUGGCAGCGUUUUUACCAGAUUGCUUAGUCGGCUGGCAGCAGCUGGCCAUGACCUCUCGGCGCCACUGGAUCUAAAGAAUUACUGGGCUAAACAUGGUACAAAUCGCUACAUUACCAUCAAGUAACUAGUCAAUAAUCCUUGAAGCAUGAAGUAUGUUUUUCCUUUCUUCAGCUCCUCUUGGGUCCAAAAACUAUCUGAUGUCUUUUAACCAUGCGAUGCUUAACUGGAUGAAACAAAUGAUGGAGCUUUGGGUACUAGAGUAGUUUUCGACCUCUAUUGGUUGAUAUGUAAGACUUUGUGCUGUCUAAAAUGCCAUCCCCUCCGGAGGGGAGUUUUUGUAACGGUUGAAAAAUGUAUACAUUGUGGAUUUGGUGGCAGUUGAAUGUGGUUUGCUUGUUUUGCAACACUG